AUGACCUGCCCUACAGAGAAGCUUGCGACAAUACCAGCUAAAGGCUGGGCUGUUUAUGAUUCGUUGGGACCAUUCAAGUUGUUUGAAUUUGAGCGACGUGUAUUAAAAGAAGAUGAUGUUCUAAUUCGUAUUCAUUUCUGUGGUAUAUGCCAUACUGAUAUUCAUGAAAUAGAAAAUGAAUGGAACCAAUCGAUUUAUCCCAUGGUACCUGGUCACGAAAUAACUGGUAUUGUUGAACAAGUUGGUUCUAAAGUGAAGCGUUUUCAAGUUGGUGAUUCAGUUGGUGUCGGAUGUCAAAUGAAUCUCGAACAACAUUGUACUGUUGGUCCAAGCUAUACUUACAAUUGUACUGAGAUGGAUCGCAAGACACCUACUUAUGGAGGGUAUUCGAAUUUGAUCAUAGUAACGGAGCAUUUUGUCUGCCAGAUUCCAAAGAACUUACCUUUAGAUCGGACUGCACCACUACUUUGUGCAGGUACUACAACUUAUUCAGCAUUGCGUCGAUACAAUGUCAAUAAGGACACACAAGUUGGAAUAAUUGGUCUUGGUGGUCUUGGUCAUAUAGCAGUAAAAUUGGCUGUCGCUAUGGGAGCUCAUGUUACUGUUCUUGCCUUGUCAGAAUCGCAGCGAAAUGAUGCAAUUCGACUUGGAGCCAAAGAAUUCAUUGUUUCUAAUGAUCAAGAAAAAUUAAAAGAAGCUGAAGGGACACUCAAUUUUAUUAUUGAUACAGUACCGGUACCUCAUAAUGUUUCUGCUAUGCUCGGCUUACUUGCAUUUCAAGGCGUAUUUUGCAUGAUUGGUAUAUCAUCGAAACCAUUUGAAAUAGCUCCGUUAGACUUUAUUAUGAAACGUCUAACAAUUUAUGGAGCUCUUAUUGGUGGAAUGAAAGAUACUCAAGAAAUGUUAGAAUUUUGUGGUCAACAUCAAAUAACUUGUGAUAUUGAAAUGGUUGAAGCAACACCAAACAUGAUCAAAUUGGCUUAUGAACGAAUACUCAAAGGUGACGUCAAAUAUCGUUUUGUUCUUGACAUGAAAAACGCAUUCAAAUAA